CUGCUCUUGCUCAAAUCUUGCAUAUUCUGCUAGUUCGUGUACCUGAUGAUCUUCUUGAUUUUUGAUUUUUGUUCAUAUGGACACCUCUUUAGGAGGGGAUGACUUGAUUGUAAAUCUACUUAGCCUCCAUGAGCUACGAGGUGAAGGGGUAGUCCUUGAAAUACUUGAUGCCCUAGAGUUUUGUUGCAAGAGAAAUGGGUCUUUGAUCUAGCUGCUUGGAUUUUUAUUUGCUCUUUUAAUUAGAAGACAGUAAUCUUCUAAGCAUCUUGAUCCCAGCCAUUGCUUGUUCUGUUAAUUAAUUCUAGUACUUGAGGUACUAGAUCUUGGCAUCCUGGUUAUAUCUGCUCUUGAAUCCGUGUUUUGAUUGUCAUUAUUGGAAUCUCUUGUGGGCCUAAUUUUUGAAAUUCUAUUGCUUGUUUCAUGGUUAACUCGUCUCUCAAUUUUGACUGCUUGGUUAAAUUUGAUCUUGAUUCUUGGUGAAUGCCGUUUUGUUGCUGAAAUUUUUGAGGCAUUCUACCUUGCACUCUUAUGUUCCGGUAUUCUUCCAAGCAUUCAUAUCUUCCAUUGAUUUUAUUCUGUUGCAAUUCUUGCGAUUCUUACAUGUCUUUUGAUGGUCCUAGCUUUUAACUCUUGUUAAUUGCUAAAAUCUGUUUCUUGAUUCCAGUUGCUUUGUUAAACAUGACCCUGCUUAUGAGUUAACCUUGUUGUGGCAGAAUGUAUAAGGCAUCCAUGCACUCGUUCAUUCAUUCAUGAUUCGUACAUCCAUUGGAUGCUUAUCCAUCUUUGAUAAGAGUUCAAAAUUUUGUUGUGCUCGUCAUUAAAUCCAUGCCAUUCUUUGCCAACUUGUCUUGUGAUGGGUUCGUAGCGUAACCCCACAAUUGUUCUUUUGUGGCUUUGGCAGGAUUUAUUUCUAUUCCUUGUGUUUCUCAUAUCACCCCAGCCUCUAGUAGCUUGUUUCAUGGCAAAUCUUGUUAAGUAAUUAGUGUUCUGCUUUUAAGAUUAGUCGUGAUUUGAUAUCAGAGUGCCGCAGCGGAAGUGUAAUAGGCCGUGUUCUGUUCCUAGAAAGUGAUGAGGCAAUUGUUUUGUCUCGGAUUGUGUGAAGCCACUCACCACUUGAUAUGGUCCUCAAUUUGAGUUUUGGGG